UAGGCGCCGUAAUGUGUGGGGCGCCGAAAACGCUCGACCACUGAUCGCGUUUUCUUCAUAAUCAUCCAUCAGUCACUCGCAAAAACUAUUUGUUCGCGCACGUGUGUAUUUAAUUACUUCUUACUUGUGUCUUGUGAUCUAUUGAUUAAACUUCAAACAACUAUUGCCUCUGUUGCAGAUACAGUUCAUUUAGGUAAGUAAGAUUAUGCAUGUUAGAGAUAGAUUUUAUAUUAGCCCGAUAUAUCAUAUUUUAACUAUCCUAAAGUAUUAAGAUAUAAAUUUGAUUAUUUCAUUAUAUAUUUUACAUAUAGGUAGGUAUCUUUUUUAUUUGUAUGAGGGUGGGUUUGUACAUUAAGUAAUUAUAUAUGAUGUAUCCUUUGUUUAGUUCAAAAUUUGCCCUCAAGUAACUUAGUAGACCUCAUUUAUUUACAUAAUAUAUAUGUAUCUCUUACAGAAAAUAAACAUGCCGCCACCAAAAAAACUAUCAGGCGCACAGAACCUAAAAAGAAAAAAGAAAAAAUAAGAGGAAAUUGAGAAAGGUGCAAAAUCACUUGCAAAAUUGUUGAAACUUGAGAAGUCAACUGAAACAUCGUCGUCAUCAAAACUAAUUCAACAGACAGAAGAAGACGAAGACAAAUGUUCUGCACGCGAAGCUUAUGAACAUGAAGAGCAAAACACGCAAGACAUUGCUACUUCUGGAACCUCAUCUGCAGAUCAAAAUAUUGUAGAAGAUAUUGUACAAUCAUCACCAUGCUUGCAAGAUAAUUAUUGGGAUGAUAUUUCAAAGUGGCCGCCACUUAUUGAUUCUUCAACACGAGAUGAAAUAAUUAUUAGAGGACCUGUAAAUAAUGAAAUAAGUAAUGAAAAGUACCCUAGAAAAUGUGAUGGGCGUCAUUUUUCAAAUAUACAUUUUCAAAGAGUAAUGCCAAAUGGAGAAAUUUUUAAAAGAAGAUGGCUUGUAUACUCAAAAUCUGCUGACAAGGUAUAUUGUUUUUGCUGCAGUAUAUUUAAUCGAAGUGUACAUUCCAAUUUGGGAAAAGAUGGAUUUGAUGACUGGAGGCACUUAUCAACACGUCUUAAAAGUCACGAAGCAUCUUCAGAUCACCGACGUGCUAUGAACAAUUGGAUAGAAGCAUCGAUUAGAUUGAAGAACUUGAGUGGAAUAGACAAACAGUUGCAAAAACAGAUUGAAGACGAGAAAUCAAAGUGGGUCGCUAUCCUCGAACGAAUGAUGUCCAUAGUAUUCUUUUUGGCAGGCAAUAAUUUGUCGUUCAGAGGAAGCUCUGGAUCUGAAACUUUAUACACUUAUAAUAAUGGUAACUUCCUGGGUUUGGUGCAACUUCUAGGAAAAUUUGAUCCUGUGAUGAUGGAACACCUUCGCCGCAUUGUUAAUAAGGAAACUAAUGUCCACUAUUUUAGCAAACGAAUUCAAAACGAGUUAAUUGGGUUAUUUGGAAGUGAAGUUCGAAAUAAAAUAUUGACCAUGAUUAAGUCAUCUAAGUACUUCUCCAUCAUACUAGACUGCACUCCUGAUAUAAGCCACGUUGAACAAUUAUCAUUAACUUUCCGUUUUGUUGACACGAAUGGAGAAGAAGUCAAAGUACGAGAGUGUUUCGUUGCUUACAAGCCGGUAAGUGACUCUUCAGGAGAAGGGCUCACUGGCCUUUUUCUUGAUGAAAUUGUGAAGGAAGUUGAUUUGGAUAUGAACGAUUGUCGAGGUCAAGGAUAUGACAAUGGUUCCAAUAUGGUAGGCAUAAACAAAGGUGUCCAGACCAGAAUUCUGAACCAAUUUCCUCGAGCAUUUUUUAACCCUUGUGGCUGUCAUAGCUUGAAUUUAGUGAUAGCAGAUGCGGCUAAAUCAUCCGUUAAAUCUGUUUCUUUAUUUGGAUUUCUUCAAAGACUGUUUGUAAUAUUUUCUGGGUCAACAAAGAGGUGGGAUGUCAUAUCCAAACACAUAGAAGGACUAUCAUUGAAAAAAGUUUGCGAAACUCGCUGGGAAAGUAGAGUUUCUAGCCUUGCUUCUGUUCGCUAUAAUUACUCUUCAGUUCGUGAUGCUCUUUUGGAUCUUCACGAAGAAACUAAUGACUCAGUUGCUGCAUCAGAGGCUUUAUCACUGAUUCAGAAUAUGGAGCAAUUUGAAUUUAUAGUUACAAUGGUGGCUUGGUACGACAUCCUAUUUCAAGUUAACAUUGUCAGUAAAGCUAUGCAGUCUGAAACUAUGGAUUUAUCAAACGCAUCGCAAUUAUUGAAAAACUGUUCUGAAUUUGUGAAGCAGUACCGGACGUAUUCGACUGCACAAAUAACAGCUAAGGAAAUAGCAUCUGAGGAUGGGAUAGAUCCUACAUUUAAACCAGUCCGACCCCGAAGAAAAAAGCGAUUAUUUGGGUAUGAAGCUACAGAUGAAACACCAACAAAUCCCGAAGAACUAUUUAAAAUUAACGUCUUUUACCCUAUGAUAGAUACUAUCGAAAAUGCACUGGUGACUCGGUUUGGACAAUUAUCCAAAUUUAAUGAUACAUGGUCUUUUUUGUACAAUAU